AUGGCAAAGUCUAAGGCCAAACAGCGGAAAUUUACGCCAAAAUCGCCGUCGGAUGCGCUCGAGCUCGGAGAGGAGGAACAGCAACGUCUGAUCGACCAAACUGGCAUCCUCAAACGCGCCUCGGAGAUGUACGCUGCACGACCAAGCACCGACCCACUCAGUCAUCCCUCGCAGAAGGGCUCUCUGCUUAUGCCUUCCCGUACGUCCGAAUGGACAUUCUGGGACGAAAUAUUUGCUACCGUGGUCAUCGUGAUGCCGCUCAGUUUUCUGCUCUUACUCAUGCACAUUCUCUGUCAUGUUCAAUACCAACAGCGUCCGGAUUACUGGGUCAUUGCCGAACGUAUGGGGAGUAGUGUGCCGAUUCUCUCCGUGUUCACAUUCUAUACCAAUAGGUAUAAACAACAUCGAAGGAUGCAGUUUGGCUUCUUCAUGCUCUGUAUCCUUGCCGGCUCGCGCAUGGUUUGGGUGAUCAAUAAUGGAAAUUGGAAGAUGAACAUGGAACAGACUCCGUCUUUGGGCGUCCUUUGGGUAUAUACUGUCGUGCAGCUUGACCUUGCGCCAGCCGUCCUCGGUUUAGCGCUUGUCGGCCUGUACACGUGGCUAACAGGCCAACACGUCAUGUUCAACUCACCCCGAUAG